AUGGAUGCUGGUGAUUUUCCUAUUGGUAUAAUGGAUGAUAUACGCAAAUGGGCUAGACCAAAGAAGCAUCCCAAAAAUGUUAAAACGAUGGGAGACCAAUUUAUGCAUCCGAUAAUGUUGAACAUUGAACUUUUGCACACAAUUGAUACGGAGUAUUCCGCCGAUUCCAUUGAAUGGUGUCCCCAUACAAAUUAUCGUAAUAUUUUUGCAUGCGGAACAUAUCAACUCGAAGAAACCAAGGAUGGAGAAGAGGAGAAGCCAUGUCAACGCAAAGGCCGUAUAUAUUUGUUCGAAUUUGAGAAGGAUUGUAACUCAUUAAAGGAACUGCAACGUAUUGAAACGGCUGCCAUUUUAGAUAUGAAAUGGCUAAACUCCAAUGAAACUGAAACACCCGUUUUAGCAACGGCUACUGCUUUGGGUCAAAUUGAAAUAUUUCAAUUAGUGGAUGUUGAUUGUAAAUUAAAACUUUGCGAUUCCAUACAUCUUAAAUCGGAUGACAAUAAUCUAUUGGCCUUGGCAUUAGACUGGAGACGGUGCAGUGACAAAAAUGAUGAAUACGAAAUUUUGACAUCUGACUCCAAGGGCAAUAUAAGCCUUGUAACUAGAUCCAAUGAAAGACCGUUGGAAAUAUUGAAAUCUUGGCAUGCUCAUAACUUUGAAGCUUGGAUAUGUGCAUUCGAUAAAUGGGAUAUAAAUCGUGUCUAUACGGGCGGUGAUGACACAUUUCUAAAUGUCUACGAUUUACGUACGGAAUCACGUAUUUCACUAAAUAAAUCCCAUUCGGCUGGUGUCACUUGCUUGCUAAGUCAUCCCGUGCGAGAGCAUAUCUUAUUGUCCGGUAGUUAUGAUGAAAAUCUGCGUACAUUUGACACGAGAUCUAUGAGGGGGCCAUUGAGUGAGAUUAAUUUACAAGGUGGUAUAUGGCGAAUAAAAUCCGAUCCCAGAAAUCACAAUUUAAUGUUGUGUGCCUGUAUGUAUCAUAAUUUUAGUGUUGUGGAUUUGUCGGAUUUAAAUGCACCCACGUUAGUUGGUGAAUUCGGUGAGCAUAAAAGCAUCUGUUAUGGUGCCGAUUGGGGUUUGAAUUGCGAACCUGGCGAUGCGAGUAUGUAUAUGGCAACAUGUUCUUUUUAUGAUCAUAAACUUUGUGUCGCUCGGAUUAGCUAA